AUGUCCUCGAACAGGAGUCAAAAUCCCCACGGACUGAAGCAGAUCUACCUGCCCCAGUUCUGGCACGACCUCCACACUGGCAUCCAGCAGGUCUACUAUACCAGGCAGAGCAUGGCUAUGUCCAGAUAUAUGGAGCUCUAUACCCAUGCCUACAUCUACUGCAGUAAUGUUCACCAGUCGAGGCAAGAUCCGGGGGAUGGUGUCCCUCCCACCAAGUCGAAGAAGGGCCAGACCCCUAGAGAAAUUCAGUUGGUGGUUAAAGAGUUUUUGAAGAAUUACUUGACAAAUCUUCCCAAAGAUGGAGAAGACCUGAUGGACGAGAAUGUCCUCAAGUUCUACAUGCAGCAUUGGGAGGACUAUCGGUUCUCCAGCGAAGUGCUCAAUGGAAUCUGCGCCUACCUCAAUAGACAAUGGGUGCGCUGUGAAUGUGACAAAGGCAUCUACAGGAUCUACUCACUUGCAGGCUGGAGAGAGUGUCUGUUCUGGCCGCUGAGUAAACAGAUUACAAAUGCUGUCUUAAAGCUGAUUGAAAAGGAAAGAAAUGGCGAGACCAUCAAUACCAGACUGAUUAGAGGCAUGGUGCAGUCCUAUGUGGAACUGGGUCUAAAUAAAGAUGAGGCCUUUGCCAAGGGCCCCACUUUAACGGUCCAUAAAGAAUCCUUUGAGUCACAGGUUUUGGCUGACACUGAGAGAUUUUAUACCAGGGAGAGCACGGAGUUCUUGCAGCAGAACCCAGUUACGAAAUACAUGAAAAAAGUCAAGGCCCGUCUGCUGGAGGAGCAGCAGAAGGUACAGGUAUAUCUGCAUGAGAGUAUGCAGUAUGAGCUGGCCCAGAAAUGUGAGCAAGUGCUGAUGGAGAAGUACCUGGAAAUUUUCCACACUGAGUUCCAGAACCUUCUGAACACAGACAAGAAUGAAGAUUUGGGCCGCAUGUAUUAUCUCGUGUCCAAAACCCAGGAUGGCCUGGGCGAGUUGACAAAACUUCUGGAGAUGUACAUACAUAAUCAAGGCCUUGCUGCCAUUGAGAAGUAUGGGAAAGCUGCUUUACAUGACCCCAGAAUGUACGUGCAGACUCUGUUGGAUGUCCAUAAGAAAUAUAAUGCCUUGAUCAUGUCAACCUUUAACAAUGAUUCCUACUUUGUGGCAGCCUUGAACAAGGCUUGUGGGUACUUUAUCAACAACAAUGCUAUUACCAAGAUGAUCCAGUCGUCCAGCAAGUCACCGGAGCUGCUGGCCCAGUACUGUGGCUCCUUGUUGAAGAAAAGUUCCAAGAACCCAGAAGAAGCCGACGUGGAGGAUACACUCAAUCAAGUGAUGGUGGUCUUGAAGCACAUAGAGGAUAAAGACGUGUUCCUGAAGUUCUAUACCAAGAUGCUGGCCAAACGGCUCAUGUAUCAGAAUAGUGCGAAUGACGAUGCUGAAGCAAGCAUGAUCUUGAAGCUCCAAGAAUGUGGUUUCAAGUAUACUUCCCAGCUUAAGCGGAUGUUUCAAGAUAUUGACAUAAACAAAGAUUUGAACAAGCAAUUUAAAAAGCACCUGACCAAUUCUGAGCCACUGGACCUGGAUUUCAGUAUCCAAAUCCUGAAUUCAAGCUCAUGGCCCUUUCAGCAGUCCUGCAUCACCUUCACUUUGCCAUCAGAGCUGGAGCGGAGUUACCAGUGCUUCAUGGCUUUCUAUGCCAAUCAGCACAGCACAAAGCUGAUAUGGCUCUACCAGCUGUCCAAGGGGGAGCUGGUCACCAACUGCUUCAAGAACAGAUACAUUUUGCAUGCAUCCACCUUCCAGAUGACCAUCUUGCUCCAGUACAACAUGAAGAAUGCCUACACAGUGAAGCAGCUUAGGAACAGCACCCAGAUCAAAAAGGACAUCUUGGCCCAUGUCCUGCAGAUUCUAUUAAAGUCCAAGCUACUGGUCCUGGAAGACGAGAACGUAAAUGUGGACGAGGUGGAAUUGAAGCCAGAUACUUUAAUAAAAUUGUAUCUGGGUUAUAAAAUUAAAAAGUUAAGGGUGAACAUCAACAUGCCGAUGAAAGCAGAGCAGAAUCAGGAACAGGAGACCACGCACAAGAACAUUAAAGAGAACCGAAAACUGCUCAUUCAGGCUGCCAUUGUAUGGAUCAUGAAGAUGAUGAAGGUUCUGAAGCACCAACAACUCCUUGGAGAAAUGUUCACCCAGCUGUCAUCCUGGUUCAAACCUUAAGUCCCUGUGAUUAAAAAAUGCAUUGACAUACUGAUUGAGAAGGAGUAUUUGGAGCGAGUGGACAGGGAGAGUGACACCUACAGUUAUUUGGCUUAG